UCCGCCUCGCCUCUGCUCCAAGAAGGCCUCCGUGUGCAUCCAUCUUCGUCUCUGAAGGAGAGCUUGGUCCGUGCCGGCGCUGGUGCGGAGAAGGGUACGGGUGUGGGGGAUGCGGCGCGGGGGGUAAGAACAGCUCUUCUGCACCAGGUAUUGGCCUGCCUGGUGUCUGGCCACGGAGCUGAACCUCCUGGACCAGUUGCCUCAUUGCCUUUGACUGUUAUUGUGCGUAAUGCCUGUCGAGUUGUCAAAUAAAAGGUCUCUGAAGCUUUCCUGUGAAAAAAACAUGUCACAGACUCUCGAUUAGUGAGAGCUGCAGGGUGUUUAAGGCACAAAUGUUUUAUGUCAAAAUGUAACCUCACGUUUAGAGUUAGGGGAAAUGUGUGCUGCCAUGUUGCUUCUACAGUCUUACUGAUUCUACAGCGUUUUUGCAUCCCUGUUCUUGGAAGCAGAUCCAUUAGUGUGUUUAUAUGCCCUGUUCAUGCACUCUAUGUCCCUCACUUGGUUUUUGUUCUGUUGCUUUUUCCCAGAGGUGUUUAUCUUCCAGUAGUGAUACUCUCAUCUGUUUUCUUGCACUGAAAUGAAAAUUUUGAAUAAUCUGAACAUUCUGAACCAUCCCCUACUUUCCAAACAGUGGCCACAAAUAUGGCUGAAAUGUAUUUUACUUACCACCUUUUAAAACAGUGGUUUUGUUUUCUGUUUGACAUGUUCUACUCAUGGCAGUGAAUGUCACAUCCACACUUCUUGCUGAGCAUAAAGCUGGAUAAGAGGAAACAGAAAAUAUAUCUCCAGUCCCUCUAGGGGAUUACCUCACAAAAUUCCAUGUGGCCUGCAGUCAAAUAAUGUUACAAAGAUGAGGAAAUUAAUUUAUCUCCAACUUUUUUCCAUUACAGUUCAUUGCCAUGAAAAGGAGGAUAUGAUAGUUCGCCCUAUGAAACAGGUUUAUAUGUGAAAUCUGGCAGGUAGCACAACGACCUGUGGAAUAUGAGUGAUGACAAACCCUUUUUAUGUACUGCCCCUGGAUGUGGCCAGCGUUUUACCAAUGAGGAUCAUUUGGCUGUCCAUAAACAUAAACAUGAGAUGACACUGAAAUUUGGGCCAGCCCGUAAUGAUAGUGUCAUUGUGGCUGAUCAGACACCAACACCAACUCGAUUCUUGAAGAACUGUGAAGAAGUGGGCUUAUUCAAUGAAUUAGCAAGUCCUUUUGAAAAUGAGUUUAAAAAGGCUUCUGAAGAUGACAUUAAGAAAAUGCCUCUAGAUCUGUCCCCUCUUGCAACACCAAUUAUAAGAAAUAAAAUUGAAGAACCUUCAGUUGUAGAGACAACUCAUCAAGAUAGUCCUUUACCUCAUCCAGAGUCUACUACCAAUGAUGAAAAGGAAGUGUCACUGCAGCAGACUGCACAGCCUACAUCAACAAUAGUUCGUCCAGCAUCGCUCCAGGUUCCCAAUGUACUGCUUACGAGUUCUGACUCAAGUGUUAUUAUUCAGCAGGCAAUACCAUCACCAACUUCUAGUACUGUUAUCACCCAAGCUCCAUCAUCUAACAGACCAAUAGUUCCAGUUCCAGGUCCUUUUCCUCUGCUGUUACAUCUUCCUAAUGGACAAACCAUGCCUGUUGCUAUUCCUGCAUCUAUCACAAAUUCUAAUGUGCAUGUCCCUGCUGCAGUUCCACUUGUUAGACCUGUCACCAUGGUGCCUAGUAUCCCAGGAAUCCCAGGGCCUUCCUCCCCACAGCCAGUGCAGUCUGAGGCUAAAUUGAGAUUGAAAGCAGCCUUGACCCAGCAGCACCCUCAGGUAACAAAUGGAGAUACUGCCAAGGGACAUACAAGUGGGUUGGUUAGGACUCAGUCAGAGGAACCACGACCACAGUCACUACAACAGCCUGCAACUUCAACAACUGAAACACCGGCAUCACCAGCUCAGCCUACGCCACAAACGCCAAAUACAGGCGGUCGGCGAAGAAGAGCUGCCAAUGAAGACCCAGAUGAGAAAAGGAGAAAGUUCUUGGAGAGGAACCGGGCUGCUGCUUCCAGGUGCCGGCAGAAACGGAAAGUCUGGGUGCAGUCGUUGGAGAAAAAAGCCGAGGACCUGAGUUCACUAAAUGGCCAGUUACAGAAUGAAGUCACCCUGCUGAGAAAUGAAGUGGCACAGCUGAAACAGCUUCUUCUGGCUCAUAAAGAUUGCCCUGUAACUGCCAUGCAGAAGAAAUCUGGCUAUCAUACUGCAGAUAAAGAUGACAGCUCGGAGGACAUCUCGGUGCCCAGCAGCCCGCACACGGAAGCGAUCCAGCACAGCUCCGUCAGCACUUCCAACGGCGUGAGCUCCACGUCCAAGGCGGAGGCGGUGGCCACCUCGGUGCUCACGCAGAUGGCGGACCAGAGCACGGAGCCCGUGCUGUCCCAGAUCGUCCUGGCGCCUCCCUCCCAGGCCCAGCCGUCAGGAAGUUGAUUAAAAACUUGCGUUGCAUCAGUUCCUUAGACACACAUCUGUGACUUUAAAGGGAAACCAACAACAGACCAGUCUCCAUCUAGGAGAAAUUGUAGCUUAAAAUUAUUAAUUUUUAAAAAUCCAACUUAAAUUUGGCUUUAAUGAUUGGCAGGUGGAAAUAAGACAGAACACCAGUUCUAGUCUCUUUGCAAAAGACUUUUUUUUUUUAGGUAUUAGUUUUACUAGUUAUUUUUUGUGCUUAAUGUGUAAAGUGUGUGUACAGAACAAUGUGGUUUAUUUCAUUUUUAAUUUGGUAUUAUUUUAACAAACAUUGGGGUGAAUUACUGAAGGUCAUCCCCAAGACUGUGAUAGGAAUAUUACGUGACAUUUUUAUACCAAAGUUCUGCAUAGUCCCUAUUGACUUUGUAAAGUUAGCAAGGUCAUAAAGCACUAGGCAAGAGAAAGACAGUAACAGUAAAUUUGCUUUUAGUCUUUUUGCCUUUUUGUUGUUUUGCACAUUAUGAGAGGAAGAACAUUGGAAGAAAAACAUUUGGGUUUUUUAUGUAUAGCAUUUUGGUUGGCUUUUAACUGUUGGGGUCUUUAAUUUGUUUAAUAGGGCCAGUACAGUAUAUGAGAUACAGUACUUAUGCACAUACCAAUCCUAGAUGAGGAUCAUUACUAAAUAGAUUUUUUUUUUUAAUUGAUAUCAGGUGGGUUUUUUCCCCACUCCCAACACUUGAUUCUGGUGGGAGGAGAGCUUUAAUUCUCCACUCAGAAUAGAUAUCUAUAACCACCCCUUGUUGGUAGGCUGAAACCAGUAAGUAAUAUUGUAAAAUACAGGGUUAUCAAAUCUGGAAUACUUGUUGUUCCAAAGUAGGUUGAUAUUUUGUGGAUUUUUGAGUCGCAGACUAAGGAGUUUACUCAUGGUUUUGGAUGCCAGAAAAGCCUAAAAUCCUUCUUCAGACAACUCGACUUUUUUUUGUCAUUGUCUUGUAUUUGCAAGCUAACUUGUACUUAAUUCUUGUGUAAGCACUGUCAUCUUUUAGUAGCAAAAAUUUUGAUACCUUUCUUGUGGAAAAAAAAAUCAGUAUCUACCGUAUCUUGGAAACAAUGUAAUUAUAAUGUGGUGUGUGUGGUGUGUGUGUGAGAAUGGUUCAGUAGUUAAUGCCAGCAGUCUUUUGCUUGAAUGUUUAAAGAUGCCUUCAAUGUGAUGCUGGCUGAUAGGUGAUUGCAGUUUUAAAAUGUUAUUUACUGUGCGAACUUGGAUAACUAACAUUCCAUGAUGUAGUUUGUUUCUGAUGAGAUGAUUGUAGGUACACUUUUUCUCAUUAUCCAAUCAUCUGUAGGAUAUUGAGUUUUUUAAAUGUGCCAUUAUCUAUUUUGAUUCUGUACUCAUGUUCAAAAUACAGUACAAUAUUUUACAAUAGAUUAAGUUGUUUUAAAAAAAGUAGAUGUGUGCUUUCAGGUCGGAAAACUUUGUAUAAUAGCAAAAACAGAUGCAUAGUAGCAACUGGCAGUAAAGCAGGAUUCCAUUAUGUAUAUAACAAAGAUUUAAUGCAUUUAUAAUGGGUUGUGUAGUUCAUUCACUCUUCCUUCUCCACACUAUACCAUGUGUUUUUUAAGUGUCAGUGCCAUCAGAUUUCUAUUUGAUUAAGUUUUAAAUCUAAAAAUAUAAUUGAUUCACAGGACAAUAUAAUUUCUGCAAUAUAUAUACAACCAUACUGUAAUGAAAACUGGACAAAGAAGUAUCUAAGUCAUAUAUGUAUCAUUGCAGGGCUUUAAGCAUGAAAAUAUUAGGGAAUUUAAAUAUUUUGUAUUUUAAAACUAAGAAAGUUGUGUUGAUAACCUCAUGUGUUUAAAAGUCUUACUUUCCCAAUUUCAAGAUAAAAAGCUGUAACAGUUAUUGAACGUUUCCAGGAUGGUUAAAUACAAUGGACCUCUUGCGAGAAAGAAAUGAAUUGCAAAGGCACAAAGUGUGAAUUCUGCAAGAAAGCUCUACAGUCACUUUUCAUUGUAGUUUUGGUGGACUAGAUGCGGCCUCAUUGAUCAUACUAUAAUUUGCCCUCCUGAACACAAAGGCUUUUAAAUCAUGUAAGUGGAUUUUUUUUAUAACAAAACUGUUGCGCUUGUAAAAUAAGUCUACAUAAGUGUAUAGGAGAUGUGUAAACAGUUAAUGAAUUUAACAAUGGGGCUGGAAAAAGAACCAUUAAAAUCUGUGUUCAGCAAAUAGAGAAAAGGUAUUAGCCGUACUACCAUGGAUUCCGUUUUGAGACGUUGUCACACUACUUCUGUACUUAGCAUUUUGGGUCUUUACAUUUGACAUGUUUCACAAACUGUACUGUUUUCUUUUAUGUGCAGUUUGCAUGAGUAAAUCAUCAAAGAGAAUAAAAUCUAUCUUUAAGUUAUGUUCCUAUUUUAAUGAAAUUAUAAUUGUUCUAAAAGGC